AUGAAUCCUCUAAACGUUGUGACUAUGAGUUGGCUAGAAAAGAAGAACAAAGAAAAUGAGUGGUGUCACGAUACAUCACCACUGAUCUGGCGAGAAACUGGGAUGUGCGGUUCAAAGCCAGUGUACAUUGGAGGAUACUUAGAAUACAUAAAGUUCAUAAAUGACUAUUACGGAAUGGAAGUUGCUCUCACAGAAACUGAAAUAAGAAGUCUAAGUUUGGAUUAUGUAAUGUAUCUAAAUCUUAUUUUUGAAAAAGAACUUGAGGAGGUCCAAACCACUACAAUUAAUAUAACUAUAUUAGGGGCAGGGUAUUCAGUUUGCCCAGACCUUGUUGCUCAACUCGUUACUAUGAAAGAAUUUACGAAACUUGGUACAGUAAUCAAUCUUUACGAUGAACCAGGACAUUUUUUCAAGCUAAAAGAUAUUGUAAAAGAUGCAAUGUCCAUUGGUGGUGAUUUGAAGGCAAUCAAUACUUUUGACAAUUUAUUUGAUGCUCUGAAAAAUUGUAACAUCCUGAUUGCUCUCGAUGACAACGUCAGAGACGAAUGCGAAAGCAUCGAUCAAUGGUUGAAGAGAAAUUAUGAAAGCUCCAAGGACUUGGCGGAGCAAAUAAAUUUGCAUGCUUCGCAGGAUAUAAAAGUUAUUUUGUGUUCCAUGGGUCCAACCUGCUUUUGCGCAAAUGUAAUAGUAAAGUAUGCAACAAAACUCAAUAAACACCAAGUUGUUGCAAUCAGUGCACAUUAUGGCCUGGAAAUGCUUUAUGAUGUUGCUAACUCACUGAAUGGGAUUGGUUGCCCCCCAGUGUGGGGAUUCUUGGGAAUUUCGUCAUACGUGGAUAUUUUCCAUACAGUUCAAAGAUGCUACGAUUACUUGCCGCAAAAACAAAAUUCUUGUCUCUCUUAUCUAGCUUCAAGCAAAUUUCCUUACGAACAACACUUUAAAAAAAAAUCAAUUUGCAUGUAUCAAGUUGGACGAUGCGAAGAUUAUCAAAAAUGCAAAGCUAUCUGCGAUUUACUAAGACUUUGGUACAAGAGGGAUGAAGCGAACAUAGGUGAUGAAAUUAUAACUCUGGGAGUCUCGUCUGAUGGAUCUUUUGGCAUUCCGAAAAACGUAUACUUUUCACAACCAGUACAUCUUAAAAUUCUCGAUGACAAUUCACGAGUUUGGGUCCCUUGUUCAGAGUUUCCAUUUCCGAUCGAUUCUCCGGCUGUAUUGAAAAAUCUGAUGGAAACUGCGCAACUUAUUUUACAGAAUCAUCGAUUAAUAGAUUAA